AUGGCGCAACUCGACACGCUCGACAUUGUCGUGCUGGCAGCGCUGCUGCUCGGCACCGUCGCCUAUUUCACAAAGGGCACCUACUGGGCCGUCGCGGCCGAUCCCUAUGGCGGCUCAGGCAUCGACAAUAGCGACGAUGCCGACGUCAAGUCUCGCGACAUCGUCAAGAAGAUGGAAGAGUCGGACAAGGACUGCGUCGUCUUCUACGGCAGCCAGACGGGCACCGCCGAGGACUACGCAGCGCGCAUUGCUAAGGAGGGCCACGCGCGCUUCGGCCUCAAGACCAUGGUGGCCGACAUGGAGGAAUACGACUACGACAUCCUGGACACGUUCCCCGACCACAAGCUCGCCGUCUUCGUCAUGGCCACGUACGGCGAGGGCGAGCCCACGGACAACGCCGUCGAGUUCUUCGAGUUCAUUGCCCACGACGAACCCAACUUCAGCGGCGUCCACGAUGAAGGCACCAAACCCCUGGCCAACCUCAACUACGUUGCAUUCGGCCUGGGCAACAACACGUACGAGCACUACAAUUCCGUCAUCCGCCACACCGACAAGCACCUCACCAGGCUUGGCGCAACUCGACUCGGCCCAGCUGGCGAGGGCGACGAUGGCGCGGGCACCAUGGAGGAGGACUUCCUCGCCUGGAAGGAGGGCAUGUGGGCUGCUGUCGCCGAGCAGAUGAAGCUCGACGAGCGUGAAUCUUCCUACGAGCCCGUCUUUGAAAUUACCGAAAGGGAAGACCUCUCGCCUGAACAUGACACCGUCUACCUGGGCGAGCCCAACGCGAACCACCUCGAGGGCAAGCAGAAAGGUCCCUUCAACGCCAACAACCCUUUCAUCGCCCCCAUCGUCGAGUCCUCCGAGCUCUUCACCACAAAGGAGCGGAACUGUCUGCACAUGGAAAUCAGCAUCGAGGGCUCUAAGCUCUCGUACACGACGGGUGACCACAUCGCCAUCUGGCCCAACAACGCUGGCAAGGAAGUCGACCGACUCUUCAAGGUCCUCGACAAGGAGUACAAGCGUCACACGGUCAUCGCAGUCAAGGCUCUGGACCCUACUGCCAAGGUGCCCUUCCCCUCGCCCACUACCUACGAUGCCGCCAUUCGCUUCCACAUGGAGAUUUGCGGAACCGUCUCUCGUCAACUGGUCGCCAACAUUGCUCAAUUCGCCCCCAACGACGACGUCAAGGCCGAGAUGGCAAAGCUUGGCAGCGACAAGGACUACUUCAAGCAAAAGGUCACCAACCGUCACCUCAACCUGGCCCAAUUGCUCGAGAUUGAAGGACACGGCCAGACAUGGACCAAGGUUCCCUUCUCCUUCCUCAUCGAAGGCUUCCACAAGAUCCAGCCGCGUUACUACUCCAUCUCCUCUUCCUCGUUAGUGCAAAACUCCAAGAUCUCCAUCACCGCCGUCGUCGAUUCUUACCAGAAGCCUGACGCACCACACGUCCUCAAGGGAGUCACCACAAACUACCUCCUUGCUCUGAAGCAGAAGCAACAUGGCGACCCCUCUCCCGAUCCGCAUGGCCUGAGCUACUCCAUCACUGGUCCUCGCAACAAGUACGACGGCAUCCACGUACCUAUACACAUACGUCAUUCGAACUUCAAGCUCCCCUCGGAUCCCUCCAAGCCUAUCAUCAUGGUUGGACCUGGCACUGGUGUUGCUCCGUUCCGAGGUUUCAUCCAGGAGAGGGCUGCCCAGGCCAAGGCUGGUAGGAAGGUUGGCAAGACCAUUCUGUUUUUUGGUUGCAGGAAGAAGUCUGAAGAUUUCAUGUACGAGAAGGAGUGGGAACAAUACAAGGAAGCUCUGGGCGACAACUUUGUCAUGCACACAGCCUUCUCACGAGACGGUCCCAACAAGGUUUACGUUCAACAUCUGAUAGAAGAACACGGCGAAGAGGUCAACAAGCUGUUAGAGCAGAAAGCCUACUUCUACGUCUGUGGUGACGCAGCACACAUGGCCCGCGAGGUCAACACACUUCUCGGCAAAAUCAUUGCCAAGUACAGGAAUGUACCCGAGGCAAAGGGUGAAGACGUUGUCAAGGCUAUGAGAGCGUCAAACCAGUACCAAGAAGACGUCUGGUCGUAA